ACGAAAAGUCAGGUAGGACAUUAUGCUGCAGAUGGAACAUAUGUGCCAGCUGGUGGAACUUAUAUACCAGCUGGUGGAACUUAUAUACUAGCUAGUGGAACUUAUAUACCACCAAACCCUCCAAGAGAAGCACCUGCACCAGGACUACCUAAAACAUUUACAUCGUCACAUGGACACAGACACAGGCAUGCACCAAAACCAACACAACAACCAACAGUUCAAAAUCCAGCACAACAACAACAACCAACACAACAACCAACAGUUCAAAAUCCAGCACAGCAACAACAAACAGCACAACAACCACCUCCACAACCAGCACAGCAACCAACAGUUCAAAACCCUGCACAACAACAACCACAAACAGAGCAAGGACAUAAAAGAAGUAGAGAACAAGGAAACCAAGAAUUCUUAAAAAUGCUAAAGGAAGAUUAUGGUUACCCAGCUACUCUUGACUUUAGUGACAGAUAUAAAGAAGCUAUUAGAAAGUUCAAGGAAGGAAAUACUGACCCGAACCUAUUUAGCUUUAUGGCUCAGCACCAAAUGGGAUAUAAUUUCAAACCUGGAAAAUACAAACUCGCUAAGGAAUAUGAUUUAAUAGCAUAUCAUCCAAAUGACAUGACUGAAUUUACUCCGAGAUAUUUGGUGUCAGAGCUAAAUGACAAUUCAACUAUCUUCAUGAAAAGCGUAAAAAAUAGAGACGGAACGAAAGAAGAAAGGGUUAUGAAUGCGGAUGACUUAAAUAGGGAACUUGUUAAAAACGGUCUCGGAAUAUAUGAAAUGCCAGCAGAUGAGGUACAAGAAACUCCACAGGAAGAAGUUCAGAUACAACCAGACAUGGAAGAAAUAGUUCAGCAACAACAGCUAGAAGAGCCUGAAGGAAACGAACAAGUCCCUCCUUUGGAAACUAACUUCACAGAACUAGAUGAAGAUUUGGAACAGCCGAAAAAUCUUGACCCUCAACAAGAGUAUGAGGUGAAUAUGGAAUCUUUCCAAGAGUCUAAGAAAAAUUCGGCUGACAUAGUAGAAGAAUAUCGAAAAAUGUUUGCCGACAUACAAAAGACUCCAACACCAGAUGAAAAUAUUCAGCAUAGAAUGGAA